AUGCCGGUGCCGGCCCUCGACAUCCCCUCCCCCGCGAAGGCCAGGAAUGACUCCACCACGUCCACCAUAUCGCCGCUGCAGAUGCCGCCCGGCGCGGUCCCGGCCUCGUCCGCACAGCAGCCUGCUGUUGCGCAGAAGCCUCCACAGACGCCAUGUGCGGGGAAUUCGCGCGACACCCACGACCGCCAACAGCAGUCCAGCUAUGCCCCGGACUCGCCGCCCCGCCCCCCGGUGUCGCCCAUAACCCCCGUGGCGACAGUCGCAGAGCUGGCGCCCACCGACCCUGCCGACCGCGUGGUGCCGCCGCCCGCCGUCGAGUUUGUCCCGCAGCCGCCGCCCAAGCCCAUCAACGAGAGCGAGAACACGGACGCCAUCGCCCUGCGCUCGGCCAUUGCGCUCCUGCAGAUCCAGCGCGACAAGAGCAAGCGCGACAUGCAGGCGCUGGAGAAGAUCAAGAACGCCGCCGUCGCCCAGCCCGAAGCGUUUGUUGAGGAGCUCAAGUCGGGCCGCCUCAGGCCCAAGCACGCGAAGAACGACCUCUUGGGCCCCACGCUCAACGGCAGCCUGGACGGGGUCGUCGACAACAGCAGCGACAGCGACGACGAGGCUCGAUCACCGCGCACCUCGGGCCCUCCACCUCCCAAAUUCGGCCCCGUCCCCGAGCCGCAGAACGUCUUCCGCUGCCCACCCAUCAACUGGGCCAAGUACCACGUCGUGGGCGAGUCGCUGGACAAGCUGCAUGCGGAGCAGCAGAAGCGGCCGUCGUGCGGAGCGGCGGGGCAGGCGCGGGCACCGGUCCAUGUCAUGGCCGCCCCCUACUCUCCAUUCGCCGACCAUCUGGGUGCUCAGCAGCCGGCGCCCGCGCAGACGCGGCGGACGUCGAAGAAGCCCGGCUGA